UUUUUUUUUUUUUUUUUUUUUUUGCAGGUUAAUGCACUGCUUUCCUCUUUAGAUAUUGAUAAUGACAUCAGGUCCAGAGGCCCCAUGCCUGGGAGAUUUCCAGAGCUGGAGGAGUAUUGGAACGAGUCCCAAGUUAUGAAACCUGGGCCUUAUGCCACAGAUGGCUGGGUCGCUGAAUUUUCACAGCGCCAAAUAGAACACAAUGAUCCUAAUGCAUGGGUUCAGUCAUUUGAACGACAACAUGGUGCUAAUGGUUGGGCUACCGAAUUUGACCGUGAGCAAUCCCAACUUGCAUUGAUAGAUCAAAUGAGGCGUGCAAAUAUUUCUAGCUUAGCUGCCAUGGAGCACACACGUAAGCUAGCACACACUCUCACUCAAAACAAUGACCCAAAAUUCCAGAAUUCAAAGUUCCACCAGUUUGUAUCAAAAAUGAGUCGUGGCGAAAUUACUAUUGAGGAUAAUCAAAUAAAGCAAGGCACAUUCUCGGCACCUGGAGAUUGGGCAGCAGAAUAUCAGCAACAGUAUAAUGGAGGUCAAACAUGGGCUGACCAGUUUGUGAAUGAGCAGCAUUCCCAUGGACCUCAUGGAUGGGCAAAUGAGUUUGCCGCUGAACGCGAGCUACAUGGACCAGUAGAUGUUGAUUGGGUCAACAUCCAUCUAGUGUAUAUGUGA